AUGGUUGCAGCAACCUGGGCUAUUAGCUUUGUUCAUUCCAACAUUCAGACAACACUAACUAUGGGACUGCCAUUUUGUGGUCCUAAUACAAUCAAAAGCUUUUUUUGUGACAUCCCUCCUUUAAUCAGGCUGGCAUGUACUGACACCACCAUGAUUGAUGCCAUGAUAGUUGCCAACAGUGGCAUUGUUUCAUUGGGCUGCUUUUUAUCUGUUUUAAUAUCCUAUAUCGGAAUUGGCAAAGCUAUCUUCAAAAUAAAAACAGUUGAAGGGAGAAGAAAAGCUUUUUCAACCUGUAUCUCACAUCUUACAGUGGUGACCUUUUUCUUUGGGCCUUGUGUUUUCAUUUACAUGAGACCAUCAAAAAGUUUUGAAGCUGAUGAAGUUGUGAUGGUGUUCUAUACUAUCAUAGCACCCAUGCUGAAUCCUGUUAUCUACACCUUGAGGAAUGAAGAAAUGAAAAACGCAAUGAAAAAACUUUGGGGGAGACGAAUAUAA